AUGCCCUUUCCUUCGCCCCGCGCCCUUCCCUGUGCCGACCCUGAUGAUUCGGGAAAAAGGAAGUUCGGCAAACAAAUUCAGCGCAGACAGCUCGAUCUCCCUGAAUAUGCUGCAAGUUUCGUGAACUAUAAAGCGUUAAAGAAGCUCAUAAAACAACUGAGCGCCACGCCCACCAUCCCAGCGCAGAGCGUCGCAGGUGCAGCGCAAAAUGUUCCUGAGGCGCAAGCUGCCCUGCGGGCGAAUAAAGAGGUGUUCUUCUUCCGACUGGAACGGGAGAUUGAAAAAGUCAAUGCCUUCUAUCUACAGAAGGAAGCCGAGUUCUCACUCCGGCUGAAAACGCUAGUCGACAAGAAAAGGGUCAUUCAGUCGCGAGCAGUGACAAACUCCAAAGCGCCCGCAAAUUAUGUCUCGUUGUUCGAGGGGUUUCAGCAAUUCGAUGGUGAUCUCAAUAAAUUACAACAAUUUGUUGAGAUCAACGAGACGGCAAUGUCGAAGAUUCUGAAGAAGUCUCGCAUGAAAGAAUUAUAUCUUCACCGAGCCGUUGAAGUACAGCCAUGCUUCAAUAGAGACGUUUUGCGAGAUCUGUCGGACCGAGCAACAACAGCACGGCUGGAGCUAGAAGCAUGGGCGGAAGGCGAAAAUAUUCAUUUUGAUACCAUCCGUCCAGUGGAUAGGAGUGCAGCCUCGCAAUCGUUCGGGCCAGAUGAGGAAGAUCUCGAUCUACAAAUCCUGCAAUCAGCCAGUUCAGGGAACCUUCAGACGCUACGUGAAUGGACAGCAAAGAUACAAUCAUCCCCGAACGCUUCAACUCGUGCCACUCGCACCUUCCUCGCCGCCAUCAAUGAAUUCUCUGACGAAGUGCUUGCAGUGCUCCUGGAAAGUGGCCUGGUUGACAUAAAUGCAGAAGAUGAUAUCAAUGAACGCAACUGCCUGCACGAAGCAGCCAUUUCCGGUCGGGAAUUUGUUCUCAAGGCAGGACUAACAGCAGGAGUCGAUAUUUCCAGGUGUGAUGUCUACGGUAGAUUGCCUCUACACUACGCCUGUAUGCAUGGUCGGGUAGAGAUGGUGCGGGAACUGCUGAAGGCCGGACCUCAUACAAUUGAUGUGAUGGACCAUGACAACUUCACGCCCUUGAUUCACAGCAUUGUCAAGGAUCAGUUGGCCUGCGCGGAGCAACUGCUUUGCAACAAUGCCCGUAUCGACCCAAAUUCUGAGUCGGAUCAUAUUCCGCUGAAUCUCGCCUGUCAGUAUGGAUCAAUUCCAAUCGUCCAAAUGCUGUUAGAACGCGAUGCGAGGCUGCUUCCCGAUGCAGAGGGCUUGUACCCCCAACACAUGGUGGCACGAGCUUCCCAGUCCCCGCAACUGCUCCUUCUCCUCAAACAACACGGAGCUAACAUGGACCAACGUGAUAAACUGUACCAAUGGACACCUCUAUUUCAUGCAGCAAGCGAGGGCUGUGUGGGUUGUUUACGUACGCUUCUGGAAAUGGGUGUUGAUGCCGGUGCUGUGGAUGAGAAAUGUCUUGCCGCAAUGUACUACGCAGCGUGGGAGGGCCAUUUGGAGUGUAUGCUUCUACUUUGGUCCCAUGGCACAACUUUACAGUCUCCGCAAAAGCCUCUUGGGUUUCUGAACGGCGUGAAGCUGCAGGACUCGGGUCAUGAUUAUGCUUCUGGUAUGAAUGAUUUGACAGAUGCGGAUAACAUGGAUACGGCGGAUGGCAUCCCUGAUCUGUCCCUCCCGCCACCAAUCAUACCCCUGAGACGGUAUGGUCACAACUUUCUGGAUAAAAAGGUUUUCGUUCAGAUCUUGUUUGACCCAGGGAGCACUGGCUCGAUUCUGUUCGAUCAAGCAGGUCGGCAUCCUGCUGCACGCCUGACCAUAUCCUCCAAGCUCUCCGAUCUGAUUCCACGUACCAUAAUGCUCCCUAUACAGGAAGACUCAAGAAUGAUAUCCUUCCAUGUUGACAACCUUGACACCUUCGCCGUUGAUUUCGAAAUUUUCCCUACUUUCGGGUCUAAAGUGAUCGCGAAGACGGUAGCGCUUCCCAAUAUGUUCAAAGCGGAAAGCUCCAGCACUGGUACAUGUUCCCUACCACUAUUUGAUCCCAGGCUACGAUCUAUUGGUCAACUGCGGUUCAACUUUCAAGUAAUCAAACCAUACCACGGCGACCCGCUAGAGAUUACUCACUUCGCAACGUAUUGGAAGGCGACUAGUGCUGUUGAUCAUGAACACAAUGGUCUUGUCACAGGCUCUAGUUUGUCCGGUGACCAUAUUCAGCUCUUUGUGCAGUUGACCCGAGACCGGGUCCCUGUUCUUUACCCCCAGUUCGCGAUCGAGUAUCAUGGCAUUGAGAUACCAAUCUGUCAGCUUACCUACGCCCAGUUUCGAGCAAUCGGCGUCGAAUGCGGUGUGGAUCAUCUCGAAAUGCUCCGGUUUUUACAGGUGUCUGCUUUGAACGACUUAGCCCAAGCUCAUCGUCAGCUAGCUUCCUCAUUUCUGUCUUUGCGAGACGUUUUCCAUCAUUUACCGCUCAGUGUCAGCGUUAAUUUAUCCGUGCUAUACCCGUCGGCGAUGGAGGAGCGUGCAUCACAUAUGGCUUCCCUGCCGGACGUUAAUACCUUUGCGGAUGCUAUUCUCACGGAUGUUUUUGACCACGCUCGAAUCGCGCGCGACCAGAGUCCUGAUAUCAUGCGUUCUGUGGUCUUCACCUCUUACAACCCGAAUAUCUGCAUUGCUUUGAACUGGAAGCAGCCCAACUACCCUGUUCUACUCUGCAAUGACCUUGGUCAGAUUCGGGACUUAGCCCGUGAUGUCAACGCACUUCCUGAUGUUAACAGCAGCGGACGAGCUUCGAUGUCCAUUAAAGAUUCCGCCCGAAUAGCGCAGAGCAAUAACUUCAUGGGAUUAAUAUGUCGUUCUAGCCUACUGAACGUUGUGCCCGCCUUGGUGGAUACAAUAAAGGAACUUGGCCUCGUGUUGGUGGCAGAUACUUCGGACGAUGCCAAUCAACCUGACAGAAUGGACGUCUUGCAAACUACCGAUCCUGUGGGUGUGGCAGAUUGGGCAUAUCGCAUGCCAGACGGUGUGAACGGUGUCAUGAAAGCCAACGGCAUCCUAAGGUUCAAUGAUACGAUUGAUAUGUGA